AUGCCUGCCUCGCGUCCUGCUGAACCAACGUGGUACACGAUUCUCGAUACCCCCUUUGGCGCCUUGUGCAUAGUCGGUACAGCUCAGGGGCUGACACACGUCGAAUUUCAGGACGGCCAGCGCCCGGUACGACAGGGGCCGGAUUGGCAGGAAGAUCAGGGCGUUCUUGAAGAGGCGCGGAAGCAGUUGAUGGAGUAUUUCGAGAGGCGGCGUCAGCGCUUCACGUUACCGGUGGCGCCGGGUGGGACGCCGUUUCAGCAGCGGGUGUGGCGAGAAUUGCAGCAGAUUCCGUGGGGCACGACGACAACGUACCGGGAGAUUGCCGAGCGGCUUGGACAGCCAGCGGCGGUGCGGGCCGUGGGACACGCCAACGGGCGCAACCCGGUGGCCAUCGUCAUUCCGUGCCACCGGGUGGUGGGCGCCAACGGCCAUUUGACCGGUUAUGCCGGCGGCAUCGCGACCAAGCGGCGCCUGCUGCAGCACGAAGGCGCCCUGCUCGUUUAG